AUGACGUCCGUUCCAGAAUACUCUGCUGCGGGCAGAACCAGGUCCUCCGAUGGAGCGACCGCCAGCUCUGAUGCGAGCUCCACAUUCCAAGUUUCAUCGAGCGAGUCGACCGAGACGACAGAGGGGAUCGAAACAGUCUUCAUGAAUAAAGAAGUCUCAACCUCAAGUCCCAAAUCAGACCUCUCGGCCAAAUCGUUGGUCGAGUCACCACAAUCAUCACACCCCCACACCGAUGACGAUGAGCCGCGCAAAUGUUGGAUUUGCUACACGGACGAAACAGAGAUUUCGCCUUUGAAUCAGGAAUGGCGGUCGCCUUGUCCUUGCGCCUUGACCGCCCAUGAGGCGUGCCUUCUCGACUGGCUCGCAGAUAUGGAAAACCCCAAGACACGCAAGAACAAUGCCGGCAACGUCACUAUGCAGUGCCCCCAGUGCAAGACAGAGAUUAUCGUCACUCGUCCCCGAAGCUACAUGGUCGAUGCUCUCCGAUUAUUCGAGCGGGUAGCCGGCCGGCUAGUUCUUCCAGGAAUGAUGUUCACGGUAGCAGGCACUGUGUGGGCCGGAUGCUGUGCGCAUGGAGUGUAUUCUAUGUACUUCAUUUUCGGAACAGAGGAAGCCAAGCAGAUCAUGGACGAAAACAUGGAUGGACCAUGGAACCCGGGUUUGAACAUCGGUCUACCUCUGAUUCCUCUUGUCCUCAUCUUUUCGCGCACUCGCUACGCCGAAGGCUUGCUCCCGGCUAUUCCCGUGCUUUUCUUCGCUGCCCACAACCCGACACAAGAGCCUGAUUUUGACCUGUGGCCCCCUACGCCUUCUAUGGCGUUUGCGGCGCUACCCUAUGUCAAGAGCUUCUAUGGAGUGCUCUAUGAGAGAUUGUUUGGUGGCUUGGAGAGGAAGUGGAUUGCCGAGGUCCAGCCACGGUCAACUGAGGAAGUCCUAGAUGAUGCACAGCAGCAAGAUCAGGCCGAAGGUCUCCACCGUUUUGGGGAUAACGGCAAUGGUCAGAUUCUCAUGGAAAUCGAUCUUGAACUCAACGUCGGAAUGGGCAAUCGGGAUGAACCCCAACAAGCCGAUCCAGUUGGUGCCGACGAAGAUGCCAAUGUCCCCAAUGGACAAGCUCAAAACCCAGAUCAAAAUAAUAAUCCACUCGGGCUUGGACGACGACAGAACGAGAUGAUACACGACACCAGCAACUUGGCAGAUAUUGUCCUUGGUGCACUUGUCUUCCCGGCAAUUUCGGCUUCUAUGGGUGGCAUUCUGAAAUAUGUCCUACCAAAAGCGUGGACAACGCCAUCGACAAUGUUAGAGCGAACUCGCCCGGGGCUCCUCCAGACUCGCUGGGGCCGCAGUGUUCUUGGUGGAUGCAUGUUUGUUCUGCUGAAGGAUGCACUGGUGCUUUAUUGCCGCUGGAAAUUGGCACAAACGCACCGCCGCCGCAAGGUUCUCAACUAUGACCGAGCUAAGAAGCAUCAUGCUUCCAAGCGGUCCACUCGCCAGCUCUGA